AUGGCCAAGCCCCUGACAGACCAGGAGAAGCGGCGGCAGAUCAGCAUCCGCGGCAUCGUGGGCGUGGAGAACGUGGCCGAGCUGAAGAAGGGCUUCAACCGACACCUGCAUUUCACACUGGUCAAGGACCGUAAUGUGGCCACCCCUCGCGACUACUUCUUCGCGCUGGCGCACACAGUGCGCGACCACCUGGUGGGGCGCUGGAUCCGCACGCAGCAGUACUACUAUGAGAAGUGCCCCAAGAGGGUUUAUUACCUCUCCUUGGAAUUUUACAUAGGCCGAACAUUGCAGAACACCAUGAUCAACCUUGGCCUGCAGAAUGCUUGUGACGAGGCCAUUUACCAGCUUGGAUUGGAUAUGGAGGAGUUAGAAGAAAUUGAAGAAGAUGCUGGGCUUGGCAACGGUGGUCUUGGGAGGCUUGCUGCCUGCUUCUUGGAUUCCAUGGCAACUCUGGGACUUGCAGCCUAUGGAUAUGGAAUCCGAUAUGAAUAUGGAAUCUUCAAUCAGAAGAUUCGAGAUGGAUGGCAGAUAGAAGAGGCAGAUGAUUGGCUCAGGCAUGGAAACCCCUGGGAGAAGGCCCGCCCCGAGUUCAUGCUGCCUGUGCACUUCUAUGGAAGAGUGGAGCACACCGAAGCUGGGACCAAGUGGGUCGACACCCAGGUGGUCCUGGCUCUGCCAUAUGACACCCCGGUGCCUGGGUAUCUGAACAACACGGUCAACACCAUGCGUCUCUGGUCUGCCCGGGCGCCCAAUGACUUCAACCUCAGAGACUUUAAUGUUGGAGACUACAUUCAGGCCGUGCUGGACCGGAAUCUGGCUGAGAACAUCUCCCGGGUCCUCUAUCCCAAUGAUAACUUUUUUGAAGGGAAGGAGCUAAGAUUGAAGCAGGAGUACUUUGUGGUGGCUGCUACCUUGCAAGAUGUCAUCCGACGUUUCAAAGCCUCCAAGUUUGGCUCCAGUGAUAGUGCUGGAACUGCGUUUGAUGCCUUCCCAGAUCAGGUUGCCAUCCAGCUGAAUGACACUCACCCUGCACUUGCCAUCCCCGAGCUGAUGAGGAUUUUUGUGGAUAUUGAAAAAUUGCCCUGGUCCAAGGCGUGGGGGAUCACCCAGAAGACCUUUGCGUACACCAACCACACAGUGCUCCCAGAAGCCCUAGAGCGCUGGCCUGUAGAGCUGGUGGAGAAGUUGCUUCCUCGACAUUUGCAGAUCAUCUAUGAGAUAAAUCAGAAGCAUUUAGAUAAAAUUGCUGCCUUGUUUCCUAAAGAUGUCGACCGUCUGAGAAGGAUGUCUCUGAUAGAAGAGGAAGGAGGCAAAAGGAUCAACAUGGCCCAUCUCUGCAUCGUGGGCUCCCAUGCUGUGAAUGGCGUGGCUAAAAUUCACUCAGACAUCGUGAAGACCCAAGUAUUCAAGGACUUCAGUGAGCUAGAACCAGACAAGUUUCAGAACAAAACUAAUGGGAUCACUCCAAGGCGCUGGCUCUUACUCUGCAACCCCGGGCUGGCAGAAUUAAUAGCAGAGAAAAUCGGGGAGGACUACGUGAAGGACCUGAGCCAGCUGACCAAGCUACACCACUUCCUGGGCGACGAUGUCUUCCUCCGAGAGAUUUCCAACGUGAAGCAGGAGAACAAGCUGAAAUUUUCUCAGUUCCUGGAGAAGGAGUACAAAGUGAAGAUCAACCCAGCCUCCAUGUUUGAUGUGCAGGUGAAGAGGAUCCAUGAGUACAAGCGGCAGCUCAUGAACUGCCUGCACGUGAUCACCAUGUACAACCGCAUUAAGAAAGACCCGAAGAAGUUGUUUGUGCCCAGAACAGUUAUAAUCGGUGGCAAAGCUGCCCCAGGAUAUCAUAUGGCCAAACUGAUCAUAAAGCUGAUCACUUCAGUGGCAGAGGUGGUGAACAAUGACCCCGUCGUUGGAAGCAAGCUGAAAGUCAUCUUCCUGGAGAACUACAGAGUGUCUCUUGCUGAAAAAGUCAUUCCUGCCACAGAUCUGUCGGAGCAGAUUUCCACUGCAGGCACUGAAGCCUCAGGGACAGGCAAUAUGAAGUUCAUGCUGAAUGGGGCCCUGACCAUCGGGACGAUGGAUGGGGCCAACGUGGAAAUGGCUGAGGAAGCUGGGGAAGAGAACCUGUUCAUCUUUGGCAUGAGAGUAGAGGAUGUGGCUGCCUUAGACAAGAAAGGGUAUAAUGCAAAAGAAUAUUAUGAGGCACUUCCAGAGUUAAAGCUGGCCAUUGAUCAAAUUGACAAGGGCUUCUUUUCUCCCAAGCAGCCUGACCUCUUCAAAGACUUAGUCAACAUGCUAUUUCAUCAUGACAGGUUUAAAGUCUUUGCAGAUUAUGAAGCCUAUGUCAAGUGUCAAGAAAAAGUCAGUCAGCUGUAUAUGAAUCCAAAGGCCUGGAACACCAUGGUCCUGAAAAACAUAGCCGCCGCAGGGAAAUUCUCCAGUGACCGAACAAUUAAGGAGUACGCCCGGGACAUCUGGAACAUGGAGCCUUCCGACCUAAAGAUUUCCCUGUCCAGUGAACCCAGCGGUGGGGUGCACAAAGCCAAUGGAAAAUUAGACAAGUAA